UUGGAUGAUGGUGUGGAAUGGCGAGCACGAGUCCACAGGCACAGCGGAUUGGGUUGGUGUUGAGGAUUGCCAAGACAUGUGCCCCCUGGUGUAGAUCUUUCCCGGAAUAUUUGCAUCUCUGCUACUUAUCUCAGAAACGCUUAGCUGAUCUACGCUUUCCAUCAUGACGCGGCACCCGCUGCGAAACACUCGACUCGAAAUCGCCCGUCGCUCUACAUUCCCUUUUCCCCUCACACUCAGCCUGCGACUAUCAAUCGAUCCCCAGGGCCCUCCUCGGACACGGUUUAACCGACCUUUCCCGCGGCAGCGCGCAGAGAAGGAGGGAAUGAAUGAAUGAAUGCAAGCCUGCAUGCAUGCAUGCCAUGCCGAGCCACAAAGCCAAUCUGCCACUGAAUCGCCCAGAGCCAUCCAAUAUCUACACAUGUCGAUGGCCACUUGGCCUUUUGGGGCUGAGUCGUUGCAGAGACACGACGUUUGCUGUGUGUGUAGGCCGGUGGGCCAAGCCAUUCCCUGUAGCUCCAAUGUGCUGUACUGUGCUGCAUAUCUACAGUACAGUACAUGUGCGGGACUCGGGAGCCUACGGACGGGACCCCCAUCCCCGCCGUGGGGGAGGAGGAGGAGGGACAAGGGACUCCAGAGCCUCUUCCUCUUCCAUGCCCCCCUUAUCAAGACCCACUUGACUCCGCCCUCGCCUCUCUUUCCUCAACCAGUUCGCCAUGACGACUUUCACUAGGUACUUGCUUAUCCAUCUCAAUCUAGAGGAAAGAGGGAUGAAUAACAUCUCUUACGAACCCACCCGCUGUGCCUCCAUCGCUUCUCUGUGCUACGCUGAUCGACGGCACUUGCACAAGUCAGACUCCUGUUAUUCCAAGCAACUUGGCACUCCUCGCGGCAUCUCACUACAAGAGCAUCGUAUCCCACUAUACCGCACCGCUGCCUUGGGCGCCGUGCAUGGGUUUGGCAUAACUUGAUCUUUGUCCCAGUUUCUGGGUCUGCUCCAGGCACAUAGAGUGUGCUCAAGUCGCUCUUGCAUCGAUCCGCUUCUUGUACUGGUGGAUAUAUUGCAGCUCAAUUUUCCCGGAGCCUUGGUCAUGCCGGGAGUUGCACGUAUCUAUACUUAUACGGGGCCGUGGAUGUUACCCCAAUCGAGAUGCGGCUGAAUGUUUCAUUUAUCCUGGCGAAGGGACAUGUGCACGAAACAGGUCCGCGACUGUCCUAUUUCGUCUAUCCGGCAGGUCUAGUUUCACACUUGUACAGCGUAACAAGUCAGAAUCCCCUAUUACAGUCGCAGUCUGUUACAACGCCAUUGCCUUGGUAUGGUAAACGCGACUCGUGUCUCCUUCUUCCUUUGUCUUCCCGCUGUCACGGGGCCCUGC